UGAAGGAAUCGGAUUGAAUGCACGCGGCAUCAUGAUGGCCGGCGACAACGACGCCGGAGUGACGGCCGCCCCGCAGCAGAACAACCCGCUGGCGCGCAAGCUGAGCAAGAUACUCGAGACGCGGCUGGAGAACGACAAGGAGCUGCUGGAAGCGCUGAAGGCACUGUCGACGUUCUUCACCGACAACAGCCUGCGCACACGGCGCAACCUGCGCAGCGACAUCGAAUGCAAGAGCCUGAGCAUCAACGAGGAGUUUGCCGAGGCAUUCGGCCGCGUGAAGGAGGAGCUGGACGACGUCCACGCCGACGUGCAGGCGAUGGCCGACUGCUGCCGCGACAUGACGAGCAGGCUGCGCGCGACGCGCACGCAGACGCACGAGCUCAUCGCCAAGACGACCAAGCUGCAGACGGAGACGCAGCGGCUCGAGAUGAGGGCCAGCGUCGUCGAUGCGUUCCUUGAGCGGUUUCAGCUGAAGCCGGAGGAGGUUAAAGCGCUGCGAGGGACGCGCGACGGCUCCCUGCACGACAACUUCUUCGACGCCCUCCGUCGCGUGAAGCAGAUCCACGACGACUGCAAGGUGCUGCUGAGAACCAAGCAGCAGACGGCCGGCUUGGAGAUCAUGGAAGCCAUGGCGCUCCACCAGGAGGCAGCGUACGAGCGACUCUACCGGUGGACGCAGUCCGAGUGCCGCGUGCUCAACUCGGAUCUGCCGGACAUCAACGCGACGCUGUGCCAGGCGAUGCGGGCGCUUCAGGACCGGCCGGUUCUCUUCACGUACUCCGUCGAGGAGUUCUCGACGGCGAGGCGCAACGCGGUCGUGCGCGGCUUCAUCGACGCGCUGACGAGGGGCGGGCCGGGCGGCGUGCCGCGCCCCAUCGAGCUGCACUCGCACGACCCGCUGCGCUACGUCGGCGACAUGCUCGCGUGGCUUCACCAGGCGGCCGCGUCCGAGUGCGAGCACAUGCAGUCGCUGCUCAAGCUCGUCACGAAGGAGGGCGUCGCGGACGUCGUCCGACAGGCCCUCGCGCACAUCACCGAGGGCAUCUGCCGGCCGCUCAAGGUCAGGAUCGAGCAGGUCGUCGUCUCGGAGCCGGGUCUCGUCGCGCUGUACCGACUCGCGAACCUGUUGAAGUUCUACGAGCACACGAUGACGCCGACGCUGACCGCCGACGCGCCGCUGCUCGCCUGCCUCGCCGAGAUGCACGACCUCGGCCGCCGGCUGUUCUUUAGCGGUCUCGGCGCGCGCGCGGCGAAGCUCACCGAGCGGGUCGAGCUGCCGCCGGCCGACCUCGGCGCGACGGCGGGUGUCUCGCGCGGUCUCGCGCUUCUCGCCGAGGUGCUCGAGUCGCGAGACUCGUCGGUGGCGCGCCUCGACGCGCGGCGGCGCGACGACCUCGCCGAGGUGGUCGCUCGCGUCGUCGACCCGCUCGUGCAGGCGUGCUCCGUCUCCGCGUCACGCCUCGCCGCUGUCGACAUGGCCGUCUACAUGGCGAACUCGCUCUACCUGAUCUACACGACGCUGUCGCUGUACGAGUUCACCGAUCGACGGCUGGAGAUGCUGCAAGCGCAGGUCGACGCGCAUGUAGACACGCUCGUCUCCGAGCAGGCGUCGCACGUGCUCGCCCGCGCAGAGCUCUCGCACGUCUACGCUCACGUGCGCGCGCACGCGCCGAAGCAGGGGGCGCUGUCGGUGGUUGCUGGCAUGGACGCGGCAUCGGUGAAGGCGGCGGUGGGGAGGUUUGACGCGUACCUGGCAUCGCCGGAUGCGUCCGCGUUGCCGCAGUGCGGGUUGCUUGUGAGUCCGCGCACGCGAGAGACGGUUGCCGCACGCUCCGUCGAGCUCGUCUCUCUCGCAUACGCGCAGAUCUACGAGGCGAUCGGUGCGCCGGAGAACGGCUACGGAGACGUGAACGCGAUCAUGCCGCGCACGCCGGCGCAGGUCACCAAACUGCUGUCGUAGAGUCGAAGCGCGGCGCGGUGGGGGUGGGGUAGGGUUCUAUGGAGCUUGUCUCGGGUAAACUUUGGAUUCAAGUUAUUUCGUGUAGUGAAAUGAAAUACGACAAUGUUAUUCCAAGAACAACU